CGGGGCCUUGCUGGAGAUGGACAGCUGGAUUCCUUAUGAUGACUAUCCCGUGGUCUUCCUGCCUGCCUAUGAGAAUCCCCCAGCAUGGAUUCCACCUCAUGAGAGGGUAUAUCACCCAGAGUACAACAAUGAGUUGACCCAGUUUCUGCCCCGAAUUGUCACACUGAAGAAACCCCCUGGAGCUCAGCGCCCUCAGCUGGGAUUUAAUAUUCUAGGAGGAAAGGCCUCCCAGCUAGGCAUCUUUAUCUCCAACGUGAUUCCCGACUUGGAUGCACAUCAGGCAGGACUUCAGGAAGGGGACAAAGUCCUAGCUGUGAAUGAUGUGGAUUUGCAAGAUAUUGAGCACAGCAAAGCUGUUGAGAUCCUGAAGACAGCCCGUGAAAUCAGCAUGUGUGUCCGCUUCUUUCCCUACAAUUAUCGUCAAAAAGAGAGGACUGUACACUAG